AAUAAUGAUGCGCAACACUUUUUCAUGAUACACUUUAUACACUAUGUUUUAACUUUUACGUUAUUACAAAAUAUAAAUUGUAGCAUGAAAGAUUUGUUAUGCGUCUUUAUUGUGAUGCAAGUUCACAGAAUUCAAAUUUGUGACCUGAGAUUUCUGGGAUUAUAGAACUACGGAGCAACUUGCGGAGUGAGGCGAAAGGAGGGGGUGUUUAAUACGGUCCCCACUCACCAGAGGGCACUGAAACUCGUAUACGAUUUUUUAUACAGCGCUCUUAUGAGUCCUUCCACUCUAUCUAAUCCUCUUUGAUAUACAUAUAUACACUUCGUAAAAAAUCUUAUAAACAGUGAAGAAUUUUAUAAAUGUUCUACAUAUGUUAAUAAGUUGAUAAUUGAUGUGUAAUAUAUGAAACCCAAAAUGAGUUUCAACAAAGUAAAAGAAGUCAUCGAAGAAGGAGAUGUGGUCAUUUUAUACUUAGGACCCAAUAAUAUGCAUUCUUUGGAAGUAACCCAAAAAAUUGUAAAUAGAAAAGGUAAUAUGGUUGAUAACAUCUUUCAAACUAUAUAUGGAGCCCUCAAAGUUUUUUCUCUGGUUGGAGAAAAAUAUGGUACAAAAGUACAACUUUCACGUGGAUGGGGAUAUGUGCUACAACCAACACCGGAACUUUGGACAUUAACAGUUCCCCAUAGAACACAAAUUAUCUAUAGCCCCGAUAUAAGUCUUAUUUUGUACUUAAUGGAUUUAACACCAGGAAACAUAAUCAUUGAGACAGGCACUGGAAGUGGAUCCCUCUCACAUGCUCUUAUUCGCGCUGUUCGUCCACAUGGACAUCUUUAUACAUUUGAGUUUCAUGAACAACGUGUAAAUGUUGCUAAUACAGAAUUUAAGAGACAUGGUCUUAGUAAAUUUGUGACGUUAGGUCAUAAAGAUGUUUGUAUAGAAGGAUUUGGAAAAGAAUUGAAAAACAAGGUAGAUGCAAUUUUUUUGGAUCUCCCACAUCCAUGGUUAGCAAUUGAUCAUGCACUAUGUACUUUAAAAGAAUCAGGUGGAAAACUUUGUUCUUUUUCACCUUGCAUUGAACAAGUUCAACGUACUUGUGAAAAGUUAAUAUCAAAAGAAUUCAUUGAGUUAAAUACAUACGAGUGCUUACAAAGAGAGGUGAAUGUACAAUAUAAAAACCUUCCUACACUUGAUUUGGAAUGUCUAAAACAUAAGCAUGCAGACAAAGAUAUGGCACAACAAAAUGAAGAUGAAAAGCAAAAUCAAACUAAACUUCUUACCGUAACGCACGCUCGUUCUCUACCUGGUCAUACAGGAUUUAUUACUAUUGCUACACUACCCCCGUUAUAUGCACGAAAAUCAGAAAUAAGUUUACAGUCCAAAGACUGAUUAUAUUCUAAG